GCGAUAUUACGUUCGACCUUGGGCCUGACCCUAAAGGCCAUUGGGACUUUUCACUGGCAUACCUUUGGAUGCUCUUAGUUUUAUAAAUACUUCCACUUACAAGUUGCCUUUCCAAUGUCUAACGACGUAGUGGUUUCCAAAGUUGUUCUACAGGAACAGCGUGGAAAUUUUUUGUUAUCUGAUGUAAAGCAAGAACCACGCGAUGCCACCCCAACCCCGUCAACUUGUUCUGACAAUUCACAUGUUCCCAUUACUACAGCUGUUUAUGAGGUCACCCGACCAACCAAUCAAAUCCAACUGGGAGCUACAUUUAAUUUCAUAUCCCCACCACCUUAUUUCUCAGCAGCUGAAAAUUUAAAUAUUCCAGGAACACAUCCUCUUACUUGGCCAAAUAUUUGCCAACAACAGAUAUCUGGAACAUCCAAUGAACCUUUAGUGUUGCACAAUGUAUCGACCUUGCAAAAUUGUUCUCCUACCAUUACUACUGUCAGUACUAUAACUCCUGUUCUUUUAUCCGGCAUAGUUCCUUCAUAUCCACCACAACAGUUCCAUCAAAAUCAACCAUUACCUAAUCCUAUACACAUUCAAAACUCUUCAUCUAGUGCACUUGUAGGCACUCGUUUUCAUUUUCCAUUGAACGAGACCAUUAAUUCGUCAUAUAUAGGUAACAAUGCGUUUUAUGGAUUUUUACCUGGCAGCGGGAAUCCUUCGAUAUUGCAAUCACCUGGACCAACUGUUUGCAAUGCAUUUAACCAUACUUCUGUUCAUCCACUGUAUCAUAAUAACAAAUAUCUCCUAGCUCCUCAGCCUUCUUCGACAAUUUCAGCUUCAACUGUCCCACAACCAAGUUAUCUACCAUCCAAUCUACCAAUUCAUGUUCAACCAUCAAUGGUAACACUGAACCCAAUUAUUGAAUCAACUGAUAACCUUAACAGAAUAAUCUCUAAUUCCUUCAGUAUCGAAAACCGCACUCAUGAAAAUAAUAAUAAUACCGUUUCACAAUCAGUUAUUCAUCCUAACUUUGGUAUCUCUUGUACAAAUCAUCUUUCAAACAAGAAUUAUAUUCCUAGGGAACUUACUUAUCCUUCAUUUGGAUCGCAUCAAAAUUUUCUUAAUCAAUCGACAAUACGCAAGAGUAGUUCUAUGGAACCUGUCAAUAAUACCAAUCAAAUACAGUCAACUACAUCAGGAGUAGUAGCAACAACAGUACAGACAGUCUCAACGACAACUAGUGUUCCUGUUUUAGAUAAACAAAUUCCUGUUACAGUAUGUUCUACCUCUGCUACAACUAUUACUACUACUACUACCGCUACCGCUUCCAUUCCAAUCUCUUCCAUUAUUGACAAUAAUUUUGAUUCAAUGUUCGAAAGUUCUUUCGAUGGAGUUCUAUGGGGUCGUAUAUGCCGUCGUGCAGAUGGUGAUUUAAUGCUUCCUGGAUUAGGUAGACUUUGUACAUUUAAAAGUCCAAAUUCAGUGUUAAGACAAAUUUGUCAAAUGACUAAAGCAGAAGAUAGUCUUGCAUUACAACUAUCGCCAUCUAGAUUUCAAAGUGAAAUUGAACAAAAUUGUCUAUCAACUUCAUCAUUGAAUCCAUCAUCAAAAAAUGAUUUUCACAUUUGUCCUUGUUGCCGAUUAACAUUUACCAGUAAUUCUGUAUAUGAAUGUCAUAUGAAUCGUUCAAUAGCCCAUAUGUAUUAUCGAUGUCACCUUUGCAUAGAGUUGAAUGAUAAUAAUAAUAUGUCUGUGACUAAUAGUCAAAUUCCAGUUAAUACAACCAAUGCAACUAGUGUAAAUUCCAUGUUAAUUCCCAACGAAAUAAUUGGUACAGAUUCAAUUAAUAGAAGAAAUAUUUCUAGUGUAGCAACAACAACAACCACAACAACGGCUACUACUACUACUACUAGCACUACUAUUAACAAUAAUAAUCAAAAAAUUGUCAACCAUAAAAAUGUUGCUGAUUUUCAAUUCUAUUCAAUUCUACCUGGUAAUAUCAUAAAAGCAACCAAUCAUUGCGCUAUAUUCUGUCAUUUCAUAUCGGCUCAUCCGAAUCAAAUGGAUUUAUGGACAUUGAAAUCAUCAUUGCUUACUAUAUAUUCAUUAAAAGGAUCUAUAACAUGUGCAGAUUUAAGAAAAUCAUCUCUUUCAGAUUUACUAUCAAAUGCUCAAAAAGAGAAAACAUCUUCAAAUCAAGUUCCAAAUCAAUCUGACAAAAUUCCAUCUGAUCCAUUCUCUAAUCUUAAAUGUCUAUCAGGAAUUCUCAGUGAUCUUCAUCAAAGUCUCAACAAUAUAUCUGGUCUAGAGAAUUAUGACAUUCUUCAUCCAUCAUCGUCAACAUCAGUGAAUAUUAAUAACAAGAAUGGUUAUGAUUAUAAUGUAUUGUUAAAUUCUCCUAUCAUCAGUGCAAGUGAUUAUGAUGAUAAUAUUAUCAUUGAAAAGUUCUGUUCCUUACAACGUAUUUACACACCGAUAGUAAUUCAUUGUCAAAAACAAAUAACCAAUGGAAAUACCACUGACAACAGUAUUCAUCAUCGUCAAUCGCAUUUUGAUUUGCAUCUACCAAAGUUGCCUAGUUCUGACAGUUUAUUAUUUCGUAUUAUUCUUAGUCUGGCCAAUUCUGAUAUUUGGCAUACCCAUCUGUUCUUAUCAAAUUGGUGUGAUAAUAAUAGUAAUAAUGCAAAUAAGUCGUUAUCGAAUGAAAAUGGGAUUGUUGACAAGUGGAGUACCUUUAUGUGUUGCUAUGCUGCUAAUAAUAAUGAGAAUAACUCUUCAGAUAUUUUAUUCAGUAUCGAUGACGAUGAUGAUAAUGAUGAUGAUUACGGUGAUGAUGACGAUGAUGGUGAUGAUGAAGACCGUUGUCGUGAUAAUGGACAUGAUUUUCACAGUAAUAAUAAUUGUAAUAGUAAUGAAAAGAGUGUUGUUGAUAGGAAUUUUCAAAGCAAACUAUCAACGAAGCGAUUGUCUUUAGCAAAACUGUGUGAUAUUUGUCUACCACCUUCCGCUCCAUCCAAUACAUAUUUGAACCAGGCUCUAGGUUCAUUGAUAUUCUCCAGUCAUGAUGAUCAUCAUGCUUCAACAUGUUUCACAAAUGCAACAAUCAACCGAACGUCUGAUGAUAUAUACAAACCGAAAUCAAUAAUGAAAUCCAAUGUGGAUCAACAGUUUGGAAUAUUACGUUGUUUAAUAUGUCAAUUCCGAACAAAUAAUCAUAAAUUACUUAUUGAACAUCUUAUCGGUAAUCCACCAUUUAAUCAUACAAAAUGUGGUCUAUGCGGUCAAUUAUUAUUUGCUAAUCAACCGUCACUUUGUUCAGUUAAAGCACAUCUACUCUUACAUUUAGGCUGUUAUUUAAUGUGCCCUCAAUGUGGAUUUACGCCUCCAUUACAUUUGCCGCCAGACUGUGCAGAACUAUGUUUACGUGUUCACCUACGUUUUGUUUGUUAUCAUUUCAAUUUGAAAGAAAUAUUUCGAUGUAAUUAUUGUGAUGGGGACGGUAAAGCUUAUCCUACUUAUGAUAACUUAUGUCACCAUCAUUUGAGACAUCAUGUAAAGCGAAUAUAUUCAUGCUUAUGGUGUGCACGACAACUACGUAGUAAUAAUUAUGAGAGUAACAAUAAUAAUACAAAUUACACUAGUAGUAAAGCUUUUCAGAUAUCAGAGACAACAGGUGAUAAUGCCUCGAUUCCGGUUCAUGACGUCUCAAAAAGAAAAAUCACAUCUACAGCACAUAUGGCUUCUAUUCAUAUGAAUAAAGAAAAUAUCAAAUUGCCAUGUUCCACGACUACAUCCCAUAAAAAUGCACGUCCUAAUUCCAAUAAAUCUAAUUCUUCUCAUGGUUCGGUCAAUAGUUCAAUCCCUAAUAAGACUCCAAAUAUAUUUCGUUCCAAUUCUAUCCAAGAGCUUUUAUAUCAUUUGAGAAAUGUUCAUCGGUCUUCUGUAAUUCCUAGUGCUAUCGAACGGACUAACAAGUGUGUUGCUGUACACCAUGAAGUUGAACUAUCAGAUAACGUCUUAACUAUUGAUGUUCCAGAGUCGCCACCACCACAUUCUCUUCAUCCCUCUGUCGUUGUUGUAGGCCACAAUCAAACAUCUUCAGUCAAUAAUGAUGUUCGUAAAGUUGGUUAUGAUGGUGUUACUUCUUCAGAUCCACAGAAAUCAUCCAAAAACUCUGAUGUUUUACAAAUGAUAGAUGAAUUACAAAAGAAUAUCACUAAUAACAAUGAUAAUAAUGUUAAAAAUAAAUUAUCUAUACAUUUAGCUCCAAAGGUUGAUUAUAGUGUAGGACUUCAAUGUAUUGAAUGUUCUAAAGAAUUAAGUACAAAAGAACAUUAUAUGGAACAUUUUCAAAAAGAACAUGGGUCAAAAUGUAAUCGUGAAUCGUUUUAUCGUUGUUUUGGUGCAUGUAAACGUCUUCUACCAAAUAUUGAUGAUUUUCGUGAACAUUUAACUGAAUGUCUUCAUGCGCAAUCUAUUUAUUAUUCAACAUUUGGUCAUUUGUACAACAAAGAUAAAGCAUUCGAUUUGUUCAAUGUUGAUUUAUCGCCAAUAAAUAUAGAGAAUAAUAAUAAUAAUAAGCAUACAAAUAAUGAACUCCAAGAACAGUUAAGUGUAAAUAAUACUGAUCGAAUAUAUUCGAAAAAUGUGUAUAAAAUUAAUAACCAUAGUAUUGGUGAUAAUAGUAAUACUAUAUUGGGUUGUAAAUUAUGCUUCUGUGCUUAUUGUGGAAUUGGUUCACAAAAAAAAUCUAUGAUGAAUUCGUCGUCUAUAAAUUUACUAGAUCCAGUAUUACCUAGUUUCAAAUCCUGUACAUCAGAUGACGGUAAUUCUAUCCCUAAUAUCAAUAACAAUAAUAAUGAUGAUGAUAACAAUAAUAGCCAAUUGAAUAAUAAUGUUAACGUUGUCCUACAAUCACAAUUUUCAGUAGAUAGUGUUAGUACUGAUUAUUUAUCGGAAGAUGAUCAUACUGGAUUUGAUACAACUAAACAAUCAAUACAGAACAACACAAUUAAACAGCAUAAUACUAAUAUCCAACGACAUAGUCUUUACACACCACAAUAUUUUUCUAAUUUAAUUAAUUUACGAAUUCAUGAGAAUAAUUGUCAUUAUUCAAAACGUAAUAAAUUAAUUGCUUGUCCAUGGUGUCAUGUACGUAUGACUUGUACAAAAAAGGAUAAAUCUCGUACUACCCAUAUGCAUUUAUUAUCACAUCUUCAUAAACAUUGUAUGGCCACUUGGUGUCUUGAACGUAUGCGUAAGUGGAAUGAGAAUGCUAAAGUUCUGCCAAAUUGUGUAUGUGGAUUGGCUUUGCUCGAUUCUCCACAGGCUAUUUUAUCACAUGCCGGAGUUCACUUAUUAUAUACAAACAAAUACAAAUCUUCCAAUAAUAUUCCAGAUUCAUUACAUCAUCGUUCAUAUAAACGUUCAUUGUCUUCAUCAUCGUCGUCAUCAGCAUCAUUAAAAUCCCAAUUAAAUUCUUCUGAAGAAUUUUUAUUCCCCAAACCUAGUGAUCAUAUUCCUUGUCCUAUAAAAAUCUAUCGACAUUUACGAUUCGGUGUUUCCGCAAAAUUCGAUGCCCAUCUUUCCGAGUUUACUCAUCGAAGUUCAUAUUUCACAUGUCCUGUGUGUAUGACUAAGCUAAGUACUCGUUGGGCUUUAACACAACAUGCUUUUUCUGAGCAUUGGGGUACACUUUGUUAUAUUUGUUGUGUUUAUAUUUUUAAACCGACUGAAGGAAAUUCUUCAGUAGAGAGCAAUAAUCAUAAUAUAAACACUACAAAUAUAUGUACUAUAUCCUCGUCGUCCUCCUGUCCGUCAUCGUCAUCAUCAUCAACUGCGAGAUCAGUAGCAACAUUUGACAAGAGAAAUCAUAACGACAAAUCAAAAUCGGAUUUAUCUACUACAACAUUAUGGGACCAUAUAUUUGUUUGUAUGAAUGAACGUCUUGAAUUGUUAACCACUCGUCAUCACAAUACAUCAACAUCAUCAUCAUUAAUAAGAACAAGCAAUGAUCAAAACAAUGCUGAUUGUUCAUUAGCAGAGGUUCAAUCAAAUUUUGAGAAAGAAAAUAAUGAUCUAUCAAUACUUCAUAAUGUAUCUAAUACUCCAAUUAUUAUUGACAGUUCACCAGAAAAUUAUGAUCAUGGUAAAUUAGUUUGUUCACAACAAACAAAUUGCAAUUCAUAUUAUGAAAUUGUUAAUACUUCUUUAUCAACUAUCAAUCCUAAUAUCAUUACUACUUCAACUAUAAUGUUUAAUAAUCCUUCUAUUGAUAAUUAUGUUAAUUCUAUUAAUUCAUCAAUUACAACUGCAAUAUCUUCAUUUAUACCAUCUACUAAUAAUUUAGACAAAUAUGUACAUAAAAUUUUCAAUAAUAAAUUAUUAAAAACAAAAAAUACUAAUCGUAAACAUUCACUUCAAUUAAAUAAUAAUAAUUAUGAUUAUAUUAGUGACGAUGAUGAUAAUCGUAAUGAUGAUCGUAAUUAUGUUGGAAAAGAGAAUGGUUUUAAUGAUUAUAUUAUAAAUAAUUAUAAUGAUAAAAUAAUUGAAUCAAAAUCAUCAGAAUUAAAUACUUUAUCACAAUUCAUACCUAAUAUAUCUAAAAAACGACGUCGUAUCUCAAAUAAUUUAAAUAAUCAUACAAGGAACAAUGAUGUUUGGCAUAAUGAAAUAGUAAAAAAUAAUCUGAUUACUUGUACUGAUAGUAGCGUUCCUACUACUAAUCACAACAUUAUCACAAGUAGUAGUAGUAGUAGUAUGAAUCGUUCUACGAUUUCUGGUAAUUAUUUACAAAAUUCUGAUUUAGAUGAACAAGAAUGCUCAACCAUUUGUCUUGUUGAAGACGUUAAUACAGAAAAAAUUUGUGUAAUUUGCGGUAAAAAACAAACAGCUGAUACAUGGGAAGAGCAUUGUCUAUCCCAUCGAAAUCCUAAAAUGGCAUGGGACGGUGUACGAAUCUCUCAACCAAAUCGACCAGCUUUCUGUGAAUCAAAAUCUACUAAAGUCUAUAGGUGCUACAUUUGUUAUAGACGAUUUACUAUUCGAUUUUCAUGUUUUCGUCAUAUGAUCACUGUGCAUCGUUUAAAAAAGUCACAGUUAGAUACAAAUCUUUUAACUGAAUUAUUUAGUCCAAAUUCAACACAAAAAAGUUUUCCUGAAUUAAAUAAAUUAAGUUCAGAAUUGGGAAAUUGUUCACUUAAUUUAUCAGCUAACAUAGACGAUAUUAAGAAUCAUAUUUCAUUGAAGAAAACUGCUAAUAUCACUGGCAGUACUAGUAAUAGUAGUAGUAGUAGUACCACUACCACUACUACUUCUACACUGAGAGAUCAUUCAAUUCAUAAUAAUAAUCAUAAUAAUAAAGCGACUACUUGUAAUAAUAGAACGAAUCAAAAUAAAUCAGUAAUAAGUAGUAUAUCAAAAUCGAAAUUUUAUUGUUCUAUAUGUCAUAUAUCAUUUAUAUCUAAUGAAAGUUUAUCCAGACAUUGUAUAUCAGCGCAUGGAAAACAACAACAUCAACAGAAAGUAUAGAAUAUCUUUCUUUUAGUUUACAAUACAUCCUAUAUUAUUUUUAACUACAUAUUUAUUAAACAUUACACUAUACAUGUACAUAGUUUACAUUCAUGAUUAUACAUGCAUAGAUCAAAGAUGCAUAUUUUGUUUUACUCUUUUUUUUAAAAAAUAUUUUAUAUUUCGUUUUUUGUUUGCUGCUUUUCUUUUGUUGUUUUCUUUCUUUUUCUCUUUUGAGAAAUAGAGGAUUUGUACAGAUGUAGGGGGGGGUGUAGUUUCUCUUUGUGUUUCUUUGUUGUUCUCAUUUCCUUGUAAUUAUAAGUAUUUUCUCUUUUUUCUUCCAAGUUUUACUUCUGUAUUAUUUUUGUUUUUUUGCAUCUGUUCACAGCACACAUAUCAAUAAAACGAUACACCGUAAAUAAAUAAUAUGUGAAACACAUCUAAAUAUUUGUUGUUCCCCCUUCCCCCCCCUCCACACACACACACACUUUGUUCCAUAACAUUAUUAUUUUCUGUGUUUACUUGUUAAGUUAAAAGAGAGAGAAAGACUUGAUAUUGAAAAAAGUGUAGGGAGGGGAAGGAUGAAUUCAUAGUUACCCUGUUUAUCUUUUUUUCUUGAAUUGAAUUAUUUUGUUUAUUUAUUUAUUUAUUUCUUUUAACAACUGUACAUUUUAUUUGAACACAGUUGAACGCUUAUGGCGUGUGUAUGUGUGUGUGUAUUUGUUUGUUUGUUUCUAAGAGAAAAGAAAAAUUUUUUAUCUUUCAUUAAAAACGUAAACAAGAUCACUUUCAAUUAAAUAAUUAUUAUGAUAAUAUUGUUUGUUUUUUUUUCCUUUUGUUUUUAAUGGUGAAAAAAUGUUAAUUAACUUAACAAACAAGUUAGUUUAGAAUUAUAGGGUGAUUAUAUGGUCUGAUGGUGUGAGUUUAUAAUUUGGUAGAAUAAACUUUAUAAAAC